AUGGCUGGAGGCAAUCAUGGGUAUGAGUUAGUCAGUGGAGAUGAAAAUACUGUAUCAAAUGAAGGUGGGAAUAGGCCUAAUACUUUGGGAAAUGUUAUACACAGCGCAGACAUGCCGCAGGAGCCACCUAGCUAUGAGGACUUAGGUGCUGUAUCAGGUACUUCACAAACCAUAGAGUCGAUGGAGUUUCAGGAUACUGAAGUUGGCCACCAGGUUAGUAGAUUAUGGAAUCUUCAAGCUGGGUUCAAGAAUACUGUUGUGUAUCCAGUCACAGAAAGAAUACUGGAUCCUCUCGUUCAAAUAUGCACGCUGAUGUCGGAAAGGUUGGACUACUAUUUGAAUAAAGUUGGUAAUCCAUUGAUAUUAAGAAGGUUUGUUUACAUAUUUUUCAUGUCUUUCAUAGUCUAUUAUGUUACGAUAGUUGGGUUACUUCCUAAUAAUAAAAAUACGGGCUUCAAUGGGAUGUUUUCGGAUAAGAGGCAAUUUAUUGAAUAUGCCAAGGAUUGUAUUAACUAUGCUAAAAUGGAGGAGGAUUUAGAAUAUAUGAGUAGUAUGCCUCACUUAGCAGGAACAAAAGGUGAUUUGGCAAUGAUGUCAUACGUCAAGGAGUCUUUUUCGAAUAAUGGUCUAAAAUUGUUCUCAGAGAAAAGUUUUAAAACCUAUUUGAAUUAUCCGGGAACUGCAUCUGUGAAGCUACAUAAUGAUGCUGGCGAUUUGCUGUCCUUAAACCUAAAUGAGGAGAACUUCAACCCUUUGACCCCCAGUGGGAAUAUUGAAGACGCUUCGUUAAUAUAUGCUCAUUAUGGGAAAAAAGCGGACCUUGAAAGAUUAACCAAAGCUAAUCUUAUAAACGAUAAUACUAUCUUAAUGAUGCAUUAUGGUAAAUUUCCACCAAAUCAGGUUUUAUCAGCUCAAAAUUUGGGGGUUAAAGGAAUCAUAUUCAUUUCAGACGCAUACGGGGAUGACAAAGAUGCUAUUCAGAGGCGACCCGUAGGUAUGUCCCAGUAUGGAACGGGAGAUGUUUUAACUCCAGGAUGGUCCUCCAAUUUGUUAUUAAAGCAUGCGUUAAAUGAGUCUCCGCUUUUACCAAAGAUUCCUGUUAUUCCUAUAUCAGUAAACCAAGCAUCGGAAAUAAAAAACCAUCUAUAUGUUGACGGUAAGGCAGAAAUUUUUGAAAAUGGAUGGUCUAGUGGUGUUUUAAACACCGUGAAGAUAGACAUGAAGGUAGCUCCGAUUGAAAAGUAUGAGCAGCCAUCAUGGAAUAUUGUUGGAAAGAUCGAGGGAAAUGAGCAAAACGAGAAGGGAAUAAUUAUAGGAGCUGCGCGUGAUUCUACCGGUCCUGGUGCAUCUUAUCCUAAUUUUGGGCAAAUGAUGCUUUUAUCGCUUGUGGAGUUGUUUCAAGAAGUUAAAUACAAAUACGAUUGGAAGCCAUUAAGAAAUAUAUACUUCUUCUCUUACGAUGGAUCAAUGUAUAAUUCAAUUGGUGCCACUGAAUUGUUAGAGAGCGACCGCCUGAGAUUUCAAAAGGAAAUCUACUCUGUCGUCGAUAUUAGUCAGUUGGGUUUACAACCAGAUGGUUCUAAAAUAAUUGAUAUCCAAGCAAAUCCACUAGUACAAGACUUAUUCACAAAUGAGCCAGACAAACACGGCUUCCAGUUGAAUGUAAGAGAUAUCCAACAGUGCGGCGAUUGGAGUCCACUGAUGGCUAACGGCAUUCCUGCUAUUGUCAUGUCUUCGCCAAAUUUACUUGAAUGGAAAUCCCCUACCUUUACCUCUAACGAUACUUUUGAGUAUCUUGUUAAUAACUUUCUCAAAAAGAAUGACGGAUGGCGUACUGCCGGUGAUAUGCUACUCCUCGUGUUCCAAACGGUAUUGAAGUUGGUCGAUGAACCAUUAAUGCCCUUCAACAUAAUUACCUACGUACACGAUAUGAACACCCAUGUCUCUAAAUUAUUCAAUCUCAGUGAAGGAAAGUUAGAUUAUCAACCAAUUUUAGAUGCACUAAAAAUAUGGAGGAGAAUUGGAGAUGAUUGGACGUCAUGGUCCCAUAUAUGGCGUAACUUGGUUAACUCAGAAAACACACAAAUUGAGCCUUCAUUGUUAUCUGUCAACAGGUGGACAUGGAAUAAAAAGCUAACUAACAUCUCUAGACGACAACUGGUGGAUCCAGGCAUUCCUGGACGCAUGUUACUAAAAAAUAUAAUAUUCGGUCCUUCGCUUUAUUCAUUUGACGAUGAUGAAGACUCUUGGACAUUUCCAAGUGUCAGAGAUGCAAUAACCGAAAAGAAUUGGGCUCAAGCCCAGGAUCAGAUAAAUCUAAUCGGGAAGAUAUUGGCUUCAUCUGCAGAGAGAUUCAUGGACGAAACAACUGAUUUCUGA